AUGCCAGCCUCAACUCGCGCCAGCACCGGCAACAGCAAGCCGCGUAUCGUGCAACAAAUUGAGGACGUUGUUGCACCCAAGAAGCGUACUACCACCACAGCCAAUACGUCUAAGCCCCGCGCGAACACGACUGCUGGACGCGUUGCGAAGCCAAAACUCACGGCCACCACAACAGGACCAAGAACCAAGAUUGUCAAGAAGAGGCGUACACCCACGGAGAAGGCGAAGGACAAGGUUGUUGGAACUGCAGAGAAAUUGGUGGGCGACGUCAAAGGCAAGCCAGGGAAAAAGGCCGCCGGGACGAGGAAGAUCAACGGCACAGGUGCGGGUGCAACAAGGAAGAGGAUUUGA